CAGGGAAUUUUCCCUCUAUCACAGGUAGCAGUGAAGGACGCCACCGUGCUACGGGUAGUCUGCAUGCUUUUCGGUCAGUUGUGACUUUCGUGUUUCCCCAAACAAGGGGAAGAAAGCUGCUUUCAACUGUGGCGAAAGCCGAAAGUAGGACCGCGCUGUUUAUCAAGUCUCUAGCAACUGGGUUGAGGCUACCGAUACUAUCUCUAUCUCUAGCUCAGAACCCAGCGCUUCUUCGGCAAUUUCGGUUGAAAUAUGUCGUUUAAUCGGAUGGAAGGUGUGGAUGGAGCUGAAGAAUCAGAUGGCAGUAAAACAAUGGAGGAAAAGCUUGUGGUUGCUGUUCGAGUAAGACCUCUGAAACAAGACGAAGCUGAAAGAUGUCUACAUUGCGUGGAUGAUAAGACUGUGAUUCUAGACGAGAAUGAGCUGGGAAGAAAAGAUGUCCUGAGACAGAACAGAGCUGGGCAAAGACAAUUCAUCUACGACGUCGUUUUUGACGAAGAAUCCACACAGGAAACAGUAUAUGACGCGACCACUAGGGGUUUGGUUCGAGAUGUGCUUCUGGGCUACAAUGCGACUGUGUUCGCUUAUGGUGCGACCGGCUCCGGCAAAACCCACACCAUGGUGGGCGACCCCUCUCAGCCUGGCAUUAUGGUUCGCGCUCUCAACGACCUCUUUCUCACCAUCAACAAUCAUGGACACAAGUUCACAGUCACAAUGUCAUACCUCGAGAUUUAUAAUGAGAACAUUCGUGAUUUGCUGAACCCUAGCUCAGGCUUCCUGGACCUGAGAGAGGACACCGGUCGUAGUCGAAAUAUUACAGUCGCCGGUCUAACUGAGGUCACUGCCAAAUCUACACAAGAGGUGAUGCAGCUGUUACAGCGAGGCAACCGCGAGCGAAGUGUGGAGCCGACUGCAGCCAAUAAGACGUCGUCACGGAGCCACGCGCUGCUCAGCGUCACUGUGCGUCGCACGGCGCCGACUCCCUCCAAUGGCGGCACUCAGUUUCAGACGCGCACCUGUCAGGGCAAGCUCUACAUGCUCGAUCUGGCCGGCUCCGAGCGUGCCUCGCAAACUAAGAACAGGGGGAAGCGUCUCCUGGAAGGUGCACAUAUAAAUCGAUCACUUUUAGCUCUGGGCAACUGCAUCAAUGCACUCAGUGGAGGAGGAAGCAGGUACGUGAACUACAGAGACUCGAAACUGACGCGUUUGUUGAGAGAAGCGCUGAGCGGCAACUGUCGCACGGUGAUGAUCGCUCACGUGUCGCCCGCGACUGGACAUCGCGAGGAGUCGCGCAACACGCUCAUAUACGCCGCAAGAGCUAGCGGCAUAUCACACAAGGUUGAACGGAAUGUUUUGGAUGUAUCGUUCCAUGUAUCCCAGUACAGAAGUAUAAUUCAGGAUCUGAGAGCCGAAAUUUCCCGACUGAGAGCGAAGAUGACCGAAGAGCGACCCGCCUCCGCCAAUGACAACGACGAUCAGGAAGAACACAAAUAUGCCACUAUCAAUGAUGACAAUAACAACAAUGAUGAGCUCAACAAUAACAAUAGUGAAAUCACACCCAAUAAACAGAUAAGGAGUGGCGGCCAUACAGUGAAGCAGCUUCGCGAGCUGAUAGUGUCCACGUUCCGGGAGCAGAUGAAGUUGCGCCGGCGGCUGAUGGACAUCGACGGACAUCUGCUGUCGUUGGGUGUCGAGGCAGAACGCCAGCAUCAGAUCAUCAGCCAAUGGGAGUCGCAGCACAACCGGCUCUAUCAUCGACAUUCAAGUGGCAGUGACUGGAUGGACAAUGGCGACCUGAACAUUCACCAAGCUUGGUCUGAGCUGAGCUACAUUGAACGGGAACAGGAGCGCUAUGUGGCUCUGCGCUCGGCCACAGUUCGUGAUUUGGACAAUUGCCGGCAGAGGGCUGCAUUACUCGAGAAUGAGCUUCCUUCAAAACUUGACUCUGAUACUGAGCGGGAAAUGCUGAGUUUGCUAUGCAGAGUACAUGAACUUGAAGCUGACAAAAUGGCGUUACAAGGUGAACGAUUGGUUGAAAAUCAUGAACUACGUAGAAGAGGGGAACUACUCCAGAGGUUUCAUAGGCAGCAGAAAAUUUGUGAAGAUAUCAUUUCUCGACAAAGACAGCUCAUGGAAGAGAGCAGAAUCUCGUUACCUGGUGAUCUGCAAGACUUGUACAGUCAGUACCAAAAGGAGAUUCAUGCUACCUCUCUCAGUUUAGAUACAGCCGGUGUACCAUACACAGCCUACGAUGUAUUACCUCCUGUUCCUAAAGACCCAGAUCCUCUUUUUGAAACAAGACUGAAUUCAACCACAACUCAGACACAAACAGCUAGCAGUCAAGAAAGAGAAAGAGAAAGACACAAAAGAUCUGGGAUUGAAGCCGAUCUAUCACUCAGAACACCGACUGGGAGUUCAACUGCAUCCUACGAAUGGGAAAGCGGUUUUCCACCCCUGCAUACCUCAGCCAAUCAGAAACCAGCUCCUCUGGAGUCUUCCAUGCGCAUCCCCCCUCCCGUUCUGUUUCCUCCAAUCACGAGCAGCUAUCACAACUGAUAAUCAGCCCACCUCACAGCUUCGACUGUAACCUGUGGGGCGGCUAAAUUUCAUUCCUUAUCAAGGACACUCAUGUACUACAAUAGUGUUAAAAGUGGACUGUAUAUACCGUGAGGUGAGACAAUAUUUAGAAAC